GCCACCACAGCGGCAGUACCACCAAGGUCAAAGUUCACACAGACUCGCCUCUGUGAUUGAUGAGGAUUAAGAAGCAGAUUUUGCCUAAUAGGAAACACAGGAACGUUCUCAUCCACCGCACUGGGUAAAGCACCUUUAAUGGCGUCCCGGUAGAGACAUCAAGAUGAACACGUUACCAUCGAUGGACCGGCACAUCCAGCAGACCAAUGACCGGCUGCUGUGCAUCAAACAGCACUUACAGAACCCGGCCAACUUCCACUCGGCGGCCACAGAACUGCUCGACUGGUGUGGAGAUCCCCGGGCCUUCCAGCGACCUUUCGAGCAAAGUCUCAUGGGAUGUCUGACGGUGGUGAGUCGCGUUGCCGCGCAGCAGGGGUACGACUUGGACUUGGGCUACAGGUUGCUGGCUGUGUGCGCCGCCAACCGGGACAAGUUCACCCCAAAAUCUGCAGCCCUGCUGUCGUCGUGGUGCGAGGAGCUGGGUCGUCUCCUCCUGCUGCGUCACCAGAAGAACAGGCAGAACGAACCGCAGGGAAAAGUCCCCAUGCAGCCCAGCAUGAGCAGCAUGAAGCCCGGCCUCACGCACAGUGAUGGAUCCUUUCCCUAUGACUCUGUCCCCUGGCAACAAAACACCAACCAGCCCCCUGGGUCGCUGUCCGUGGUGACAACGGUGUGGGGCGUGACCAAUACGUCACAGAGUCAGGUGCACGGUAAUCCGAUGGCAAACAGCAAUAACCCCAUGAAUCCUGGGGGUAACCCUAUGGGACCAGGUAUGUCUGCCAGCGGAGCAGGACUCAACUCACCUCAGUUCAGUGCUCAGCAGCAACAGUUCCAAAACAAAGGCGGCUCCAACCAACAGUACAUGCAGCAGGGCAUGUACGGCAGGCCUGGCUACCCUGGUGGUCCUGGGGGAUACAGCGGAAGUUAUUCCGGAGGCCCAAACACUCCUCAAGGAGGGAUGGGAAUGACCUCCCACUCACGUCCUUCUGGUGACUUCACGCAGCCAGCUGCCGCUGCCGCAGCAGCUGCCGUCGCUGCCGCUGCUGCUACGGCAACGGCCACAGCAACAGCCACGGUAGCCGCUAUGCAGGAAACCCAGAAUAAAGAUAUGAACCAGUAUGGACAGAUGUGUUCAUCGUUCCAAAUGGGCCCAACUCAGACCUACAACAGCCAGUUCAUGAACCAGCCAGGCCCACGAGGGCCCCCUGGAGGCAUGAAUCCAGCCAGCAUGGGAUCAGGCAUGAGCAACCCCAACAUGAGUGGUCCUCCCAUGGGCAUGAACCAGUCUCGAACCCCAGGCAUGGGGCCGUUUGGAGCUCACGGCCAGAGGAUGCCACAGCAGGGGUAUCCUGGAGUACCUCGACAGGGUGUGCCCAUGCAGGGGAUGAAGAGGUCGUAUCCUGGGGAGGCAAGUUACGCAACCCAGCAAUACGGGCCCAACAGUCAGUUCCCGCCACAGCAGGGGCAGUACCCGUCAUCAAACCCCUCCAGGCCGCUGUCCUCUCCAAACUACCCUGGGCAGAGGAUGCCAGGGCAGCAGAGCCAGGGACAGUACCCCCCCGGGAUGCCCAUGGGCCAGUAUUAUAAGCAAGAGCCCUUCAAUGGUCAGAGCACCAACUUCUCUGGAGGCGGUUACUCCUACGGUCAAGGUAAUGGGCCUCCCCGGCCCGUAAACUACCCCCACUCCCCUGUCCCUGGAAACCCCACACCCCCCAUGACCCCAGGAAGUAGCAUCCCUCCGUACCUGUCGCCAAACCAGGAUGUGAAACCCCCGUUUCCACCCGACAUGAAACCAAAUAUGACAGCACUACCGCCCCCUCCGAGUAACCCCAACGAAGAGCUGCGGCUGACAUUCCCCGUCAGGGAUGGAGUGGUGCUGGAGCCGUUCCGCCUGGAGCACAACCUGGCUGUCAGUAACCACGUCUUCCACCUUCGACCCUCCGUCCACCAGACCCUCAUGUGGAGGUCUGACCUUGAGCUGCAGUUUAAGUGCUACCACCACGAAGACAGGCAGAUGAACACCAACUGGCCCGCCUCCGUCCAGGUCAGCGUCAACGCCACGCCUCUCACCAUUGAGCGGGGCGACAACAAAACCUCCCACAAAGCCCUGCACCUGAAGCACGUAUGCCAACCUGGGAGAAACACCAUCCAGAUUACAGUCACGGCCUGCUGCUGUUCCCACCUGUUUGUGCUGCAGCUGGUCCACAGACCAUCUGUGCGCUCUGUCCUCCAGGGGCUCCUGAAGAAGAGGCUCCUUCCUGCAGAACACUGCAUCACCAAGGUUAAGAGGAACUUCAGCAGUGUGGCGGCCUCGGCAGGCAACACCACUCUGAACGGGGAAGAUGGCGUGGAGCAGACGGCCAUCAAAGUGUCGCUGAAAUGUCCCAUCACCUUCCGACGCAUCCAGCUACCGGCACGAGGGCACGACUGCAAACACGUCCAGUGUUUUGAUCUGGAGUCCUACUUACAGCUCAACUGUGAGCGGGGGACAUGGAGGUGUCCUGUGUGCAAUAAAACGGCAUUACUAGAAGGUCUGGAGGUGGACCAGUACAUGUGGGGAAUCCUCAACGCCAUACAAAACUCAGAGUUUGAAGAGGUCACUAUAGACCCGACAUGUAGCUGGCGACCUGUCCCCAUCAAGUCCGAGCUACACAUCAAAGAGGAUCCCGACGGACCGCUCACCAAGCGCUUCAAGACCAUGAGCCCCAGUCAGAUGACCAUGCCCAAUGUGAUGGAGAUGAUCGCCCAGCUAGGGCCUGGUCCCGGCCCAGGACCCGGCCCUGGACCUGGUCCCGGUCCCAGUCCCUACCCUCCACACCCUAGUCAACAUACGAGUGGGAACGGCGGUGAUUACCCAGGAGCAGGCAACAGUUACCACAGCCAGGGGCACUUUGACUUCCCUCACGGGAACCCCUCCGGUGGUGGGGGUGCAGGAGGCGGCGGAGGUGGUCCCCCUAUGAGUGACUUCAUCCACGGCCCCCAGCUCUCGCACCCCCCGGAUGGACAUGGCGGCCUCCACUCGCAGGACAAGCCCCUGAGCCACAGCAUGAACGAUGCGAUGUCCCAUCCCGAUCAGUCCCAUAGCUCCAUGCAGCAGAGCUUGCAUGCGUCUCCCCACCCCGGCAGCCAAACAGGGCCGCCCUUACACCACGGCGGCCAGUCAGGGCAGCCCUUGCAUCACGGCGGCCCGUCAUCGCAGCCGCAUCGCCAGCCUGGGCCGCCGCCGCUGCCUCAGCAGGCCGGGCCGAACAGUCACCCCCACGGCGAUCUGAACUUUAACCCCUCCUCAGAUGGGCAGAUGGGGCAGGGAGCGCAGGAUAUGCCUGAACCCUCCCUGGAUCUGCUUCCAGAGCUGGCCAACCCGGACGAGUUACUAUCGUACCUGGACCCCCCCGACCUCCCCGCCAACAGCAACGACGACCUUCUCUCCCUCUUUGAGAACAACUAGCCCCUCCCCCUCCCGUACGAACCCUCCUGCGCCUCCAGGAGCGGUGACGUGUUUGACUGUCCGUCCACAGACACUUCACCCCCCUCCUCCAAAUAGACACUUCAAGCAGCUUCCGAUGCUCAUACACACACACACACACAGAUACAGUGUGGGAGGGGGGGCCCGGCGGAAAAGAGGGGCACCUGUUUUGGGAACUCCCAACGGAGAACGCAGGAACGCCGCUCAUCUCCGAGCUGCCCCUCCCUCUUUCUUGUUCCUCCUGUAAAGAUUCCACGCACCAGUUCCUACGCCUCUGACUCGAAACACACACAAUUUACAGCCAUGUUAUGGCGGGCACUAAAAUGAUAUUAUAUAUAUACAUAUAUAUGAUAUUUGUGACUUUUCAACUGAAAACUGUGCAGCUAUAAUCGUCUUGUGUGACAACACAGAGGAGAGCGGAGCCUUUGUGGGCUUCAGGAAAAAGUGUUGUAGCUUUGUUUUUAUUUUUUGUUUUGUUUUUUUUAAAUUAUAAUUUUCCUUUUGUGAAAAAAAACGAAAAGUCCAAGGGAAAAACAUUGUCUUGUAAGAGUGUUUUUAUCCUGUUUGAGAUGUGUUCUUCCAAAACUUUGGCACAUGCCAUGCCCUUUGACCCCCCAGUGUGUGUGAGUCUGUGAGUGUGUGAGUUUGUUAGUGUGUGUGUGUGUGAGAGAGAGCGAGAGAGCAAGAUGAAUAACUGGAGCUCAUCAGAAUCCCAGCACUGAAAGGAUGAGCUUAAAUGUCCUCCGGUGUCAACAGAGGAAAAAAGUGCGCGCUGUGCAACGUUGUGUGUGAGCGUGUCGUUAUGUGUGUGAGUAUAUAUACAUAUUUCUGUGUGUUUGUUUUAUGUCUUCCCUUUUGUUUGCAUGUGAACGUUAGUGAAAGACGGCGGGGGGGGAGAGAAAGUUGGAGAACGGAGGAGGGAAGAGAAACAUCGACUGUUAUAACCGUCUCUCUCUCUCCACCCGUCUGUAGCUCGCCCUCACCGAACCCUGCACCAGUUUGUUCUCAAGUGCAUGUGUGCCAACGGCUCCUGUUGUCUUAGUCCAGCCUCAACGUGCUUGAUCAAAUCAUUUUCUCUCACGUCUUGAUAUUUAUUAUUUUAUUUCGUUGUUUUUUUUUUUAGCUGUUGUCCUUUUUAAAAAAAGUGUUUUACCUUUUGUCCCAAGUCGAAAUGAAUCAGACACACGUCACCAAAGUUUUUUCGUCAAGGUUUCGACAUCCGGCAGAUCAUUUGAAAUCGCUGUGUUUUAUACAACCGUCUGCGUGAUCGUCCCGAGCUUCCUGUUUCUUCGUUUUCUUUUCACAUCUUAUUGGGGAAAAACAUUCUGCAUGAUCCAACAGUGUUUCCAGAGCUGUUGUAAAUACCCUUUGUGAAUACUCCCUUUGUGAGUACUGUACAGUGCUGUACCUAAUCUAUUACUGCAACUCCACGGUACUGUAUGUCUGUCCAGGACUACACACACUCACAGACACACACAGAAUCCCUUAUAACUAACAUUGUAACCGAUUGAUCCAAACGCACUCUCACUGGCCUUGUACCCUGUGUAUUGUGUACAGUUUCUUUCCAUUAGCCUGUGACAAUGCAUCAGCAAAAAAAGGAAUAUUUGAAUUAUUCUGCAAGAAAGUUGUGAUUAAUUUUUGUUUUAUUUCAUACAUGUAUGUGUACAAAAGUUAGCAGGGUUUUUUUGUCUAAAAUUCUGCAGCCUCGAGUUCCAAAAUUCUCCAAAAAUGAUUUAAUAUUAUUGUUCUUGGAACAAGUGACCUCGUCCUCUUUAUUUAAAGUGCGAAUGUGCAAACUGAUUGUUUCGAGGCCUGAUAAUGAGCUUUGAUAACCAUACUGAGCAAAAACAAGUGUGAAUAUGAUUUUCAUCACAUUUUAUAUUGUUCUGCGGGUUAAGUUAUUAUUUGUGUCCAAUGUUUUUUUAAUGAUAUAAUUUGGUUUACACGGUUUUAUGCAGUACCAUCAGUGAAUUUUAAAACAUGCUGGUGGGUGAAAUUUGCCCCGUUUUGAUAUUUGAAGAACCUGAUCGGGCUUCGCUGUAUUGUCAGAGUCGAUAGAAUCACCGGGUUUCACAGUCGAGGGAUCACAUGUUGUUUGUUUCUAUGUUUGUCGCAGACAGUGCACUGCCUCAUCACAAUGUUUUAUUUGCCUACACAGUGUGUAACUGUAACCUCUCACAAAAAUCACAUGUGCGUAAUCUGAGCGACACAAAUCGUACUGUCCGAUCGCAGCCGUUGGAAGCUGAGCUGAGGAUCUGAAAGAGGAUUAAUAUUGUAAAGUGAUCAUUUGAGGGAGACCCUUCUCCCGUUCGCAUCACGAGGAAAGGUCGUGGCUGAGGGACGUAAGGGACACGUGUAUAUACUGUAAAUGACAAAUAGAGACACGUUAACAGAAAUGUAUUCAUUUUCUCCAGGGGGAGUGUGCAUAGUGUAUUUAGAAUUUGUAAAGCUUGCAUCCUCCUGUCAGACAUUGAAUUGGGAAAAUGUGUUUGAUUGCGUCUGUGCGGACCUCUCUAACCACGCCUGUUCAUUUAUGUAAGAUACUUUAUGUGCCCCUCCACGCGGGGUUUCCGAGAAAAAAAAAUCAAGACAAUUUUUCUUUUGUGUAAUAUUAAAACUUCUGUGUAUUUCUCUA